UCCUCCUUCAGCUCUUUGUUUUUGUGUUUAACUUAUUUUUCCAGGUAUUUGGCUGAAUACAAAUAAAAAGUGAAAAUAACCUUUUGUGAGCUUUCGAAACCUCAUUGGCCCGAAGUACGGAAUUGUACGAACCACAUCGACCUGUUUUCUAAUAUUGUAUUAUUGCAAUUCCCAUUUUUAACUCCGAGCUGCUUUCUUUCUUUUAACUUCAACCGCAAGGGAUAGCAUAAAGGAAAAUCCCAAUUCAGCUAUUCUUACGCUACACAAUAACAUAGAAGAAGUUGGAAGUUCUUGCCUUGCUUUUCUGUGAAGAUGGUGAGGGGAAAGACUCAAAUGAAGCGCAUAGAGAACCCUACAAGCAGGCAAGUGACCUUCUCUAAGCGUCGAAAUGGUUUGCUAAAGAAGGCGUUUGAGCUAUCAGUUCUUUGUGAUGUUGAGGUUGCUCUUAUAAUUUUCUCUCCCAGAGGCAAGCCCUAUGAAUUUGCAAGCUCUAGCAUGCAGGAGACAAUAGCACGUUACUUGAGGCAUACCAAGGAUAAUCGAGUCAAGCCAACUGAACAAAGCAUGCAGCAUCUGAAGACUGAAGCAGAAAAGAUGCUGAAGAAAAUAGAGCUUCUUGAAGUUUCAAGACGGAAGCUGCUGGGAGAGAAUUUGGGUUCAUGCACACUAGAAGAACUACAACAGAUUGAACAACAAUUGGAAAGGAGCGUAACCCGCGUCAGAGCCAGAAAGGCCAAAGUUUUCAAGGACCAAAUAGAGAAAUUGAAAGAAAAGGAGGAAGUCCUAGCCGCUGAAAAUGCAAAGCUUUGUGAAAAGUACGGUCUGUUGCCAGGGAAAGGAUCAAAGGAGGUGAAUGAGAAUGAAGAAGCAAAUGAUGAAAGCAAUCCGAGCUCCGACGUGGAGACUGAACUAUUCAUCGGACUACCAGAAGGGAGAGCUAAACGGAUCGUGCAACCCAACUCAACAGAUUGAUGGCAUUGCCAACUUAUCCCAUGCAUGCUAAAAAGUUCAUUUAUUAAGGAAGCAGCCUUUUUUGUUGCAUUAGCAUCCAAUAAAAGUUCAUAUCAGCAACGUCAUGGCAAGUGAAAAUGCUCAUUGAAAAACUCUAACGAGCAUGAAUGGCCGAAAAUUUGCUAUAUCCUUAUAUUUAGACGAUGGCAUUGAAACGAUCCCACAUCUGUAUUAACCUCUAUAUAUUUGUGCAGAUAUUAAUUAAGAAAGUUGGUUCAGUGUCUAA